GAGUGUUUAAAUAUCAUCAUGAAUCUAUCCACCAUGAAAAACGCCAAGGAGUUGUCUCCUUUGGCUGGGGCAAUAUCGAACAGGACAAAACCAACCGAGUUUACUCUAACAAAGGUUAUAGAGACAUCAGAAGUAUAUUUCCAGUCGAUGCUGGCAUUUGAGCUGAUUGGAGUUGCUGCAACUCUAGCGGGAUGUUGCGUUGCUGGUAUAGCUAUCUUCAAGCAGCAACCUCUAGCAGUACUCGUUGCUGCAUUUACAAUGUUCUUUUCAGGAAUGUUCAUGUUGGUUGGACACUCUAUGAUGCUGAGUAUUCAUACAUCAAAAAAUAACAAUAAUGAGUCAUCCGGGGGUGGGUGGCAUCACGGAUGGUCAUUUAUUGUCGCCUGGCUUGCAUUCGGCCUAUGCCUUGUAGCAGGAGUAAUAAACUGUAUUGUGUACAGAAACUUCCGUAAGAUGUCAGAGGAACUGACUGGGACGCCCUCUCGUGUCAAGUAUGCCAACAGACCACAUCCACCCGUCAAUCUUGGGUCAAGCAUUUGAAAGCACGCCAUAGUGGCGAGAAUGACGUCGCUGCGUGUUGCAGCCCGUAACAAAAUAAUGUUGCCUAAUUUUGUGUAAAAGAACUGUUUAAAACAGUGCAUAGUAAAAUUACAUUUUAUCGUGAGUUACUGCAGGAAGUAGUUCUUACUCGUCGGGGAAACUGUGUGGCAAAGUUUCGUAAAAAUUAGCAGUACAUUAUAGAUUCAUUUAAUUAUCUAUAUCAUUUUUAAAAAAGUACAAUCUUUGUUUCAAAACAUAAUUUCUGCAAGAGGUUUUUGUUUCUGUUGUUGGUAUAAAUAACUUACGACGUGAACAUUUUAAGCAUGGUUUAACUUCGUAUUGUCAGUGCCUUUUUUACUUGUCCUUUUCCUUGUACAUUCAUGAGAUUUAUAUACAUUGAAAAUAUUUAUUGGAGUGAUUGUCAGAUGUUUAUAAAACGUUUGAUAAUCCACAUAGAAGAAAUAUUACCUUAAUAUGCACAAUUAACAAUUAACAUUUUAACAAGACUCUCAUGAUUUCCAAAGUCACCAGAGAAUCAAAUGUUACAAGUAACGGGCACAAUCCGGAUGGUAAGAAAGUUUGGUACUUUUGGACGUGAGAUUGUAUGGUGACCGUCUUCCCUAUAGCAGUUGCACUGGCAAACUUGCAUAUUAAAGACGUUUCACUUCUAGCAAAUCAUUGUUUUUACCCCAGGAAAUUUGGGUGUCCAAAACAGUAUUUCCCAACAGGUCAAGGCAGUUUGUGUGUUAGGUUGCAAUGGAAAACUGCUGGGCCACCAUCUGCUUACAAGAAUUGCUUGCAAGUUUGCUUCAGUAUGGGUGGACUAGAAACUUGGGUUAGGGCAGCCCUACGUGAGGAGAAAACGUCUGAUAUUUUUUUCCCCCACAUUUCUUCUGAUAUACAUCAAUGUGCACAACCAUAAAAAAUGCGCUGUUUAAGUGCAUCCUCAGCACAUGCAGUAAACAUAAACCUAUCAUUACAAGCCAAUUAGUUGACGAUAAAUCUUAUGUCUUUUAUAGUCUUUUGGAGGUUUUCUUCUGUACAAAUAUUUGUUCUAAAAUAUAAUGUUAGAACGGGCUCUACAAGUGAAAGCAAACCGACUCUUUUACGACUGUGAACCUUUAACUGAAUCAUUGUGACCUCAAAAUUUAAAAAUAUUCAAACACUUCCGGGAGCUCGUUUAAAACAGGUUACACUGGGGCCAUUCCUGAACACAUGAUUUAACUUGUUCAACUGUUGUGGCGUCUAUUGCUUAAUGACGAACAAACCAAACGGAUGCUGAGUGAUGAAUUAAAAAAUUAGUUCGCCAAAUUAAAGACGGUUACAUUUCAGGGUCUUGGACGUUCAAGUCUCGCGCGUUUUCGAACAUUUUGGGACCAGUCCCACGUACUUUGGGACCACGUGCGUAUGCACGCGAGCUACUGCCAUAGCUAUUGAGCAAUGCGGCAAUGCCUCUUACAAAAUGGUGGACAAACUAUGACCUUCUAUGAACCAAUGUUACAUCUUUCCUAUUCAUUUGUCUAAUUGUUAAUAAGGGGAAAAUGUUCGAUGGAACAUUUAAAAAAUCGAUCAAAUGUAACAAUGAAAAUGUUGAAAUUAGUUUAUAUAUUAAAUCAUAGUAAAUAUCCAUCCAGACCUAUGAACUGAAAUGCAUGAUUUGUUUUAUGACCGAUAUAAAGGUAAUUAAUCUGAAAGCUCACUCUGUAUUUCGAUUUAGCCAAUCGUACCUAAUGCGCACAAAAUCAAGUCAAACAUACGCAGUUUUAUAAUUAAGAUUAUUUUGUUUUCCUGAUUAUUUUUUUAAGUUUUUGUUGUUGCUUUUAUUGAAACUAGAGGAUCGGAAUAAACCGACUCUUUCAUGAAUCGGUUGCAAGGAUUUAAGUGGACAGCGCUAGAUUGCUCAAACAACCACUGUUAAAGGCAGUGGACACUAUUGGUAAUUACUCAAAAUAAUUAUUAGCAUAACAUCUUACUUGGUGACGAG